AUGAGGAAUUUGAAAGAAAGCUGGAAUUUAUUUGUUUUUCUUAUUAAUUUUUCAUCGGCGCAGAAAGUAGAGAGAAUUUACAACGGAAAAGAUUCAAACGGAUAUGUCUUUCUUGCGUCGAUCAUUGAAGAAAAUAACGUGAUCAGCUGCGGCGGCUCACUCAUAUCCGAUGAUCUUGUUCUCACAGCCGCGCAUUGCGUAAUUACGGGAAAAAUUGCGAAAAACACAGGUUCCGCAGAUUCAUCAUUUUUCAAUUUGGAUAUUCAACAAACACCUCUCUGGGAUGUGAGCCGGAACCGAUCAUACCCGGUCGCCUUUGGUUUGAGCAGCUCAAAAACGCUUGAAAACGCACUUGUUCGAUUCGUUUCCGAUGCUUACUGCCACAGCGAUUAUGCCCCCCUCAGUGACACGUUCCGUAACGACAUUUGCCUCUUGCGUCUUUCCACCCCGAUUCUUCCUGAAGACGUGAGCUCGUUAAUUCAAGUAAAACACGUUUGCUCGUCCAAAGAAAAGUGCCAAAAGAAUCUUUGUCUUCCAAGAAGCGCGCAGGAAGAACCGCCAAGUGAGUGCGUCGUUGCUGGAUUUGGCUAUACAGAAGAAUAUAUCAAUUCCAACCCGCCGCAGCUUCAAGAAACAGUUGUCAAAUACUACUCGCAUGAGACUUGCUCGAAGUGGCACAAAGAUUUCAACCUUUUUGAGGGAGAACAUUUUUGCUACGGGAUGAAGGAUGGCUCAUCAGAUAACUGCGAGGGCGAUUCCGGUGGGCCUCUUAUCUGUCCUUCGUCUAAAGAAGGAACACUCGUCCAAGUCGGCGGAAUCGUUUCAUUCGGCAAGCGCGGAAUCUGCGAACGUAGCCCGGAAGAGAACAAGAAAUCUCCUGGAGUCUACACAAACGUGGCCAAAUAUCUCUCUUGGAUUCAAAGCAUCGAGCCAGAAAUCGAUCUUUCUUGCGCUUCGGAAAGAAACUACUACGCGCUAAGCAGCAGUGCAUUCAGCAUUUCAUUCCAAAUCAUCGCAAAUCAAAGUUUUUUUAUUUUGAUGUUAUUGCUCGUUUUUCUUGAAUAA